AUGGCAAGUAAUAAAAAGUUGGAACUACACUGCUCUCCUGGUACAUUCCGUAGAGUUGAAAGUGCUCCAGACUACCGCGUACAAAUAGCUUCUCUGCAUGCAGGCGAUGAAGCCUAUGAAGAAAUUAUUUUCACGCAGGGAGUUGCUAGCAUGGCAUCUGCUGCAAUCGAUGAAUCGCCAAUAGUACCGAAAGAAGAGGAUAUGGUCUUUGUUCCCAUUCAAAAUUCCGGUGGAAGCAGUCAAGAAAAGAAAUUUUCAUGGCUCGAUGCCCCUACGAAACUUUUGCUUGCGCUGGUGAAGGAGUUGCGACCUAAGGUUGGGAAGAGUGCUAACCUAAGAAAUAAAAAACAAAUGUGGAACACCAUCAGCAACGAGCUCUGCGCUAAAGGGCAUUUUUAUAAUGCUGCGCAGGUGGAGGGGAAGUUUUUCACUCUGGAGCGCCGCUACAAAAAUGUUCAGCUCAACAACUCCCAAACAGGCAGAGGAAGACAAACUUGUCCUUAUCAAGCUGAACUGGAUGAAAUUUUUAAAGAAAGAGCAUCAGUACAUCCGGAAUGCGUUAUCGAUAAUGAGGUUGAGGUGUCGGCUGAAGCGGAUGAAGUUUCUGAGGCCUCGCCAGCCUCUCCAGGUAUUAACGUAUAG